AUGACUUCCCGCCGCCGGGACUUCCUAUCCGAAGCCAGUACCGUCGGCGCUACCGCGUCCUCACUCCGAGCUGAUAUAGCCGACAAUCUGCUCCUUGUUGACCUACUGAACAACGAAAAUGCCCGCGAAUCGGACUUCGAAAACGCCUUCACACUUGAACAACAGCUCGGUCGGCUCCUUUCCGCGCGUUGCAUGAUCUCCACGUCCUCAAGCUUCGCCGAGCAGCAGCAUGCUGCCAUGGAUGGCCAGGCAACAUACCGUCUCAUCGGCUGGGGAGCAUGUGGGGCCGUCUAUGCCCAGCAUGGCUCCUCCUGGGUGCUCAAGUUGGCCAAGACAGACGACCACCAGCUGUGGACAGAUUACCUGAUGAAUACUCGGGCUUGGGAGGCCCUCGCGAGGAUACCCGAGGUUUCCGAAGAGAUCCACAUACCGCAACCAAGCUUCUACGUACCGAAAAGCGAACGGGGUUGGUGGGAAAGAAACCAAGACAUGUUCCCGACCGCAGAUUCUCCAGUCCACCUUCCAACCGCUGUCCUUUGUACCGAAAGGAUUCUUCCCCUCCCUUCCGAGAUUCGGAAUAAACUCAUCGAAAAGUUCUGCGCUCCGCGCAACCGAAGCAAAGCGCUUCAGUCUCCCGGAAACAAGGACUGUCUGGUCCGCACAUAUCUGGGAAGCCGCCAAGGCAAGACUGGCGGACUGUUCUUCUCUCUGCGCAACUUCAAGUUGCACCUCAAUCAGAUGUUGGAGCUCGAAAUGCCGACAUUUCAGCUGGCAGAGUACAUGGCUGGAGCGUUGGCUACAAUGCAUUGGGAGGCGCGAAUUGACGCCAGGGAUGUCGAAUUCGUCCUUGGCAGCGCGCCAACCUACCCCCUCAUCAAACCUCUUACAACAGCAGAGCUUCAAGAAACGGAACCCGAUACGUACACGGAGAUGAAGGUUUGUCGUAAGACAGACUUCAGGCAGCGCACUGUGCACCUUUGGAUGCUCGAUUUCAACCAGUGCAGAACAAUCUCCAUGGAUGAGUCUGGAGUCUACCAGGCGGUCGAAGCAUACAUCAUCAACGACCCAUACUAUCCUCGACCACCCAAGAACGAUGAGAACGAUCAAGAUCUCGCGCUCUGGAAUGUCUUCGCCACCAGAUACCUUCGUAUCUCCGAUCGCAUUCUCCGCGAAACCCCGGGGCUCCGUGCUCUGCCGCGCAAAUUCCUUCACGGAGUUAUCAAAGUGCACGAAGAGAAACUCAAGAUGCAGGAGGAAGCGGCGGCGGCCUCGGCUCAAGCUCCUUGA